AUGUGUGGCAUAUUCGCCUGUCACUGUCAUCCCGACGUCCAAAAGUUCAAGCCGACGGCUUUGAAGCUUGCUAAGCAAGUCCGGCACAGAGGACCCGACUGGAGUGGCAGUGUUAUCUCGAAAAACACAAUUCUUUGCCAUGAAAGACUGAGCAUUGUCGGCGUUGACAACGCAGAGUCGGGGGCCCAACCCCUGACCAACGAGGAUGAGAGCAUCGUUCUUGCCGUCAAUGGCGAAAUCUACAACCACCGGUCGAUUCGGAAGAACCUCAAGAAGCCCUACCACUUCAAGACCACGUCGGACUGUGAAGUCAUCAUUCCCUUAUACAUGGAACAUGGACUCGACGCGCCGAAGUACUUGGAUGGUAUGUUCUCCUUUGUUCUCUACGACAAGAACCUCGACCGAACAAUCGCCGCCCGCGAUCCUAUUGGUAUCACAACAUUCUACCAGGGCUGGUCGACGAAAGAGCCCAGCGCCACCACCUACUUCGCCUCCGAGCUGAAGUGUCUGCACUCCGUCUGCGACAAGAUCCGUUCAUUUCCUCCUGGUCAUAUCUACGACACCAAGUCCGGCGAGACAAUUCGGUAUUUUCAACCGAGCUGGUGGGAUGGCUCCAAGGUGCCCGAUACACCGCUCGACCUGAAGCUGGUGCGGGAGAAGUUGGAGAAGUCUGUCAGAAAACGGCUUAUGGCCGAGGUCCCCUAUGGUGUGCUGCUUUCCGGUGGUCUGGACUCAAGUCUGGUGGCAUCUAUUGCCCAGCGGGAAACAAUGAGACUCAAGAAGGCUGCGCUGGCUGCCAACGGUAACGCCGCUGAACAGUCGGAGGACCCUGACAAGGGCGAGGGUCUGGUUGGUAUGGACGACGAAGACCAUCUGUCCACCGUCACAUACCUGCCGCAACUCAACUCUUUCUCCAUCGGCCUGCCCGGGUCGCCCGACAACGAGGCGGCCGUCAAGGUGGCCAAGUUCCUGGGCACGAAGCACCACGUCAUGACGUUCACCAUCGAGGACGGGCUCAACGCGCUCUCGGACGUGAUCCUGCACCUUGAGUCGUACGACGUGACAACAAUCCGCGCUUCCACGCCCAUGUACCUGCUGUCGCGCAAGAUAAAGGCCAUGGGCGUCAAGAUGGUGCUCAGCGGCGAGGGCAGCGACGAGAUCUUCGGCGGCUACCUAUACUUCCACGCCGCGCCCGACAAGAAGGCAUUCCACGAGGAGACUGUGCGCCGCGUCAAGAACCUGCACUUGUCCGACUGCCUGCGUGCCAACAAGUCGACGUCGGCGUGGGGUCUUGAGGCCCGUGUGCCGUUCCUGGACAAGGAGUUCCUCGAGGCCUGCAUGAACAUCGACCCCAAGGAGAAGAUGAUCACGCCGGAGCGCAUCGAGAAGUGGCUGCUGCGCAAGGCCUUCGACACGUCGGACGAGCCCGACGUCGAGCCCUACCUGCCCGAGGAGAUCCUGUGGCGCCAGAAGGAGCAGUUCUCGGACGGCGUCGGCUACGGCUGGAUCGACGCGCUCAAGGACAACGCCGAGCAGCACGUCACGGACGAGAUGAUGAAGAACCCCAAGCCCGAGUGGGGCAGCGAUAUUCCCGACACCAAGGAGGCGUACUGGUACCGCACCAUGUUCGACGAGCACUUCCCACCGCACUGCGCCGAGACCGUCAUGCGGUGGACGCCGACCUGGUCCAAGCAGUCGGACCCCAGUGGAAGAGCGAUCGCCACUCACAACCAAAAGUACGAAGCCAAAGCACAGUAG